GGCGGGCGGCCCUCCUUCCUGGGCGGAGCUGGCGGGGCUGAAGGAGAAGCGGCUUCUUGGGGAGCAUGGGCGACACGCUGGAGGAGCCUUGGUGGGAGGCACGCCGAAGGGGAGGAGGACACAGCGGGCCAGGUAGGACGCCAACAGAUCUUUCUGAUGGUGAAUCUUUGGAAGAAGAUGCUGAUACAAGCAAAGCCACUCGGAAGUCUGAAAAACCAAAACUUGUUCCUUCAAAGAAAAGAAAGGAGCCUGCUGAAUGUGUCCUGACUGCAGAGAAAGAAGCAUCUAAAGUUAAAAACGAAACAGGGGUGAAGCCAAAAAGGAGAAGAAAGAAGAAAAUAUCUGAUAUUUUAGCAAAAUCAUCUCCAAAACCAGGAGUCCCUGAAGACUUACAAAAACUGCUUAAUGAACACUUUGGAGCUAAACGUUCAGUGAUUGAACUAGAAGAAUUAAAAUUAUCAGAUGCGUGUUUCCUCCCUGCCAAUGACCUCACCCACAGUUUUUCCUCCUACCUGAAAGCAAUCUGCCCCAAGUGGGCAAAGAUCCGUAAAAACCACACAGAAAAGAAGUCAGUGGUGAUACUGAUAAUCUGCAGUUCUGCUCUUCGCUGUCUGGAACUUAUCAGGUCAAUGGCUGCGUUCAAAGGAGAAGGGAAAGUUAUGAAAUUGUUUGCAAAGCAUAUAAAGAUACAAGAACAGGUGAAGAAGUUGGAGCAAAGUGUCAUCCAUGUGGGUGUCGGGACACCUGGAAGAAUAAAAGCUCUUGUAGAGCAAGAUGGACUUAGUCUGAAAUCCUUGAAAUAUGUGAUUUUAGACUGGAAUUGGAGAGACCAGAAAUUGAGAAGGCUAAUUGAUAUCCCUGAGAUAAGAAAAGAAACAAUUGAACUUCUAGAAACAAGAGUGAUCAAACUGUGCAGAGAAGACUCUGUGAAGCUGGGACUUUUUUAAUCACGGUUUUUUAAAACUAAAUUGAACCCAUUUAUUUGUAUUGCCUCUGGUUCAGUUAAGACCACUUUUCAGUUUUGAAACAUAUAUGGAAGAAAGGAGGGCUAAAUCUUUUUUCCAUGUUGGAUGUUUCUUCUUAUAAUAAAGCAGCAUUUUGUUUGUAGUCCA